AUGUCUCCCGCCGUGAAUGAGGGCUCUAAGAACGCCGGAAGUCCAACCUUGGAUUUUACCAGCGGUUUUGUACAAAUCAUUAACGGCGAACCCUCCAUAACAAAGGAAACCCGAUACACCGUCAAUCCUGCUAAUUUGCAACCAAAAGAAGAGGUCCCCGUAGCGACCAAGGAUAACCUUGAUCAUGCUGUUGAUGCAGCCCGAAAGGCUUUCAGAACCUGGUCAAAGGUCUCAUAUGAAGAUCGUCGCAGCGCUGUUCUUGCUUUUGCGGACGCCGUGGAGCAAGUCAAGACGGACUUCAGAGACCUCUUAGUAUCCGAGCAGGGGAAGCCUGCAAGUCUCUCUGCCCAUUUAAUUCAAUUUGAUGCUGCUAUUGCAUUUAUUCGGGCGCUAGCGCAUAUUGAGCUUCCAGAGGAUGUAAUCGAAGAUGACGACAAGCGAACCAUCAUAACACGCUACGUCCCGAUCGGCGUCGUUGGUGCUAUCAUCCCCUGGAACUUUCCAUUUCUAUUAGCGGCCAGCAAGAUCACCCCGGCCUUGCUGACGGGGAACGUGGUUAUCAUCAAACCUUCUCCAUUUACUCCCUAUUGCGGACUUAAACUCGUCGAGUUGGCCCAACAAUUCUUCCCACCGGGAGUUGUACAGUCAUUGAGUGGGGAUGACAGACUUGGCCCCUGGUUAACGAGUCACCCGGGCAUCGACAAGAUCAGUUUCACUGGAUCUUCGACAACGGGCAAACUAGUUCUUCAGAGUGCGGCAGGAACUCUGAAGCGUGUUACCCUUGAGCUGGGUGGCAACGACCCGGCUAUUAUCUUUCCCGAUGUUGACGUGGAUAAGGUUGCAGAGAAAGUUGCCCUCUAUUCUUUCCUAAACUCAGGCCAGGUCUGUAUUGCCCUAAAGCGCAUCUAUGUCCAUGAAUCUAUUUAUGAACAGUUCAGAGAUGCCAUGGUUAAGCACAUUAAAACCUAUACUCUAGGAGAUGGAUCAAAAGAAGGAAUCAGCCAUGGACCUGUGCAGAAUUCUAUGCAGUACGAAAAAGUAAAGACAUUCUUCGAAGACAUCGAAAAACAAGGCUGGAAGGUUGCUACAGGCGGCAAAAUUGAUCCCUCUCCAGGAUACUUCAUCACUCCAACGGUUAUUGACAGACCGCCGGAAGAUUCUCGCAUUGUGGUUGAGGAACCUUUUGGUCCAAUUGUCCCCCUUCUGUCUUGGAAGGACGAAGAAGACGUCAUUGCUCGAGCCAACAAUUCUCCGAUGGGACUGGGCGCUUCUAUAUGGUGUAAUGACCUCAAGAAGGCGGAAAAGGCCGCGAGAGAAAUGCAAGCUGGCAGUGUGUGGAUUAAUACUCACUUCGAUCUUUCUCCCAUGGCACCUUUCGGAGGGCACAAGGAGAGUGGUUUGGGAGUCGAAUGGGGUACGAAUGGUUUGAAGGAAUUAUGCAACGUGCAAACUCUGUUUCUAAACAAACAUAUUGUUACUUGA